GAAGACAUUGGUACAAAUGGAAUUGAAAUGGAUCAAUGUAAUCAACUUGUGUUAGACUAUUUACUGAAGAGGUACAUGUAUACUGGUGAUAAAAGACCACAUUCUUCUGACCUCAACAUUUGGAGCCUUUCAAGUAAACUACUAUGUCAAGUUGCUGCUUCUUAUUUCACAUUCUUCAAAGCAUACACAGCAUACCUUACAGAUUGGGGAAAUGGAAUGGUGUUGCAAUACAAAAUGGAUAAGUAUUCUUGGAGGCACAAAAGCCAUCAAAGUGACUUGAGUUGGCACAAGUUGGUACUGAAUUUUUGCAAUCUAAUGCUUGGACCAUAUUUUGUUAGAGACACUGUUAGAAGACUACUGUACACAUUAUCACAGUCGGGUGUAUUUCAGAGUAAUAGAAACAUAUGGCAUGAACUUUAUGAAUGUGUUUGCCAAGAAGGGGUUACGUAGCAAGUUUGUGAAAUUAGAAUUUGAAUUUAUGUCAGAAAAAAACAUUCUGUAUUCCAAUAUAGCUCCGAUUUUAUUUAUUGUAAAUGGUAAUCAGUCUGUUAUUAAUAUUCACAAUAAUCCUACUUUAAGUAGUAAAGAGC